AUGCUGUCACUCUCCCGCACUGCCCCUCGCCUCGCGACCAGGUGUCGCACCAGCACCAGCAGCACCGCUGCCGCCGCAGCCCGCCCCUUCCUCCCGACGCUCACCACCACCACCACCACUACCCAGCCCAGCAAACCCCGCUUCUACAGCAGCGCAACCAGCAGCCUGCCCGAGUUCUCCCUCAAGGACAAGGUCCUCGUAGUGUCGGGCGGCGGACGCGGUCUGGGCCUGGUGCAGGCCGAGGCGCUCCUGGAGGCGGGAGCCAGGGAGGUGCACGCCAUCGACCGGCUCACGUCGCCGAGCGACGACUUUGCGCGCGUGGCCGACAAGUUCUCUUCGUCGUCCUCGGGGGGCGGCGGUGGCAGCGCGCUGCAGUACCACCGGAUCGACGUGCGCGAGUCCGAGGCGCUCAACGGCGCCGUCGAGGCCAUCGCGGAGCGCCACGGCCGCAUCGACGGCCUGGUCGCCGCCGCCGGCGUCCAGCAGGCCACCCCCGCUCUCGAGUACAACCAGGAGGACUCGGAUCGCAUGCUGGGUAUCAACGUCACGGGCGUCUUCAUGACUGCCCAGGCCGUCGCCAGGCAGAUGGUCAGGCUCGGCCAGGGUGGGAGCAUUGCGCUCAUCGCAUCCAUGAGCGGUACUAUUGCCAACAAGGGGUUGCUUUGCCCUGUAUACAACGCCUCAAAAGCUGCAGUCAUCCAGCUCGGCCGCAACCUAGCAGCCGAGUGGGGACAGCAUGGCAUCAGGGUCAACACCAUCUCGCCCGGCUACAUCGUGACGGCCAUGACCGAGGACCUAUUCAAGGAGCACCCUGAAUUCCGCACCAACUGGACCAAGGAGAACAUGCUGGGCCGCCUCAGCGUUCCCGAGGAGUACCGUGGCGCCGCCGUCUUCCUGCUCAGCGACGCCAGCAGCUUCAUGACCGGCAGCGACCUCAGAAUAGACGGUGGCCACGCCGCCUGGUAAGAGAGAGAGAGAGAGAGAGAGAGAGAGAGAGAGAGAGUAGAGUAGAGAGUGCUUGGUCUUGUAAGGAAGCGGGGU